UGCGAACGAGUCUUCACUUACUCGCGUUAUUUUCAGAUAUUUAUCCUGUGUGGCGUUUUUUACAUCGUUUUCGCGUCGCGCUAGGGUAAACCACGAAAAAUGAGUUCAUUGAAGCUUCAAAAAAGGCUUGCUGCUUCGGUAAUGCGAUGCGGCAAAAAGAAGGUCUGGUUAGAUCCUAAUGAAAUUAAUGAAAUCGCCAAUACCAAUUCCAGACAAAAUAUCCGUAAGUUGAUUAAAGAUGGUUUGAUCAUCAAAAAGCCAGUAGCUGUCCACUCCAGAGCUCGUGCACGUAAAAAUGCUGAAGCUAGAAGAAAAGGCCGUCAUUGUGGUUUUGGUAAAAGGAAGGGUACUGCAAAUGCUCGAACACCUCAAAAAGAACUUUGGGUCAAAAGAAUGCGUGUACUAAGGCGAUUGUUAAAAAAAUACCGUGAGGCAAAAAAAAUUGACAACCAUCUUUAUCAUCAAUUGUACAUGAAAGCUAAGGGUAAUGUCUUCAAGAAUAAGCGUGUAUUAAUGGAAUUCAUUCACAAGAAGAAGGCAGAGAAGGCCCGUGCUAAGAUGUUGAGUGAUCAAGCUGAAGCUAGACGUCAAAAGGUUAAGGAGGCUAGAAAACGUAAGGAAGCAAGAUUUUUACAAAAUAGGAAAGAUCUUUUAGCUGCAUAUGCACGUGAAGAUGAAAAGGCUGCUGCUGCUGCAGGCAAGAAGUAACCUGUUUUGUAAAUGUUUUUAUUUUCUAAUAUAAUUUUGACCUAUUG